GAAUCGGAGUGAGGAGUGGCUCCUGGUUUUCGGAUUCCCGCAGUGAUCAGUGUGGCGGUUCCGUCGCGUUCUCGAUCCCGCGGCGAGCGGGCCGGUGAUUGAUCGUGAGUUGCAAGUGCAGUACCGUUUCCGAGCAAAACUGGAGCAACUCCCGCCCGUGCACUCCUGGUUUUUUUUCGGCGCUUGGAUAACUCAUUCCCGAUCCAUUCAGGAUGUUGCUGAAAAGCCAAAUGCUCUUCCUGCUUCUGUUUUUGUUGGCUGAGACCCAUCAAGACGAAAUUCCAAAGACCGACAACGAAAAAUCCAAGGUCCAAGCCACCAAGCCCGGCCUCCGGAAGGAAUUAGAAGCUCUCGGAACGGAACGCAUGGCCAAUUCCACGCCAUCGCGACCAUGGAAGAAAGUCCCGAUUACUAUCAGCAAUCGAUUCCCUGGGAACAACGGCCGUAUCCACAAAUUGUACUACGUGAUACCCGGGCCGGGCAAGGACACAGCGCUACAUCGAAAAAGGACACACGAGGUUAAAGUGCGGCUCAGGACGAAGAGGGACUUAGACCAAACCCGCUAUCGUCUCAGGGCGGCGACACGUCGAAGGAGGCUAGCGCGUGCGUUGCGGCAGAGAAGGAAACAGCGUUCAACGCAACAAGAAGGGCAAACUCGAGGGAGAAAACACAACCCAGAGUUGUAUGAACACUGGCGUUCACAUCAGCAGAAAAAAGAACUAGAGCCAUGUGAACGCAGAAUAGACAGAGAGGUAAAGCACAAAGGGAAAGUAGACCAUGCUUCUCGGACUAAGCGCAAUCUAGCGGCGGAGAGAAGACUCUCCGAGUGCAGAAACAAAGAGCGAGCUAAGGAUCACAGGCUCCGAGUUCAGCGACUGAAGAGGGAGCUCGCCGGAUCCACGUCUGACGACUGGUCAGAGGAGGAAGCCAUGAUCGGGGAUACCAGAGGAUGGAAUGAAAUCCACCUGGUGGACGUUCCUUCACCACGUAAACGGUCAAAAAGAGAAUCGAAUCAUAGCACUGGCCACAACGAUUACAAACCGAGAGGUUUAGCCAGAUCUAAAAUCGGCCGCGGUGAAGUCCUGCGGAUCGACGUAGGGAGUCCGGAAUCAAAUCGACGCAGACGCGACGCCGACCUGCGCCAGGAAAGCGAGCCGGAACCGAUCAGAGACCUGGUGGAAGUCCUCAGGAAGGAUCCGGGGUACAAAGGACUCGACGAAAUGGAGAUGGUGGAGAGUGUCCCGGUAGAGAGCGCUGACGGCCACGACUCGACGAGAGAUCCCGCGGAGGGACUGAAGAGCGAUCUGGCGGACGAUUCCAGUCGGUCGAAGCGGGAGUCCGGCGCCGAUCCGGACGAUGGGAUGAGUCGCUGGCAGGAGUGGCGACUCAAGAGGGAGGACGCCGACGUGCGGUGGCGAAUGCGGACGCGCACGCCGCGCGACCACAAGUUCGUGACCAAGUCGCAGCUGAAGACGGAGCAGGCGACCAACCCCAAGAGCAACGGCGAUGCGAGCGGCGGCGUGGAGGAGCCGCCGGUCAUCAAAGUGUACACGAUGCCGGAUGAGGGUCUGGCCAAGUCGUUGCGGGCGGGCAAAGGCCGGGAGCUGAGCUACGCGCGCGGCCCUACCAAGAGGAUCAUCUACUACGCGACCCUGCCCGAGAUCAUCCGACGACCCAUGGCACCGGAGUGGGUGGCGCGCAAUGCGGGGGCCUUCAGCCAGCGAGGCAUGGGCGGUGCUUUUGGGAGUAGCUUGCUGCCCUUCGCCGCAGGAGGUCCAGGUGGCGACAUCGCGCGAAUCCAGUCGGCGAUCAUGGACGUUCGUCCGUCGCGGGACAACCUGACGCCGACGUCGCCUCAGUUCACGGUGGUGGACAUCGGGCGCUUCCCCUCGCUCAACGACAUAACCUCCACCAGCUCGGUGGGCUCGGUGGGCUCGGCGUCGUCCAGCCCCAGCUCCAACGAGGGCGCCGCGCCCACCCCCGCCGUCCCGACGCCCCCCGAGGACCCCCUGAGCAUCAACAGCAUCCUCCCCCCGCUCAACAACAACUUCCUGUCCAGCAUCGUCACGCCGCUUCAGAUGAACUCCGUCAACGGGGCCACCGGGUACCAGCCAGCUCCUUACUACCCGGGUCCGUUCCCGACGCGGCACCACCGGUUCCCGCCACCGACGCACGGCUACCAACCCUACAUCACACCCACCUCGCUCGGCGGCCUGGGCAACUACAAACUGGACCAGGGCAACGGUCUCAGCUUGGGCAUGAGCAACUACAAACUGGACCAGGGCGCCGGUCUCGGCUUAGGCAUGAGCAACUACAGGAACUCGCAACUCGGACAGAACUUGGGUCCAGGGCUGUCGAGUCUGCUUUCCGGCGGCGGGGGCGGGGGCGGUGACAACAAGUACCCGUACUACUACGAGUACACGGGGAGCGGGGGAGGCCGCGUGGACCCCCUCAAGAACCACCUCCUCUUCUCGCCGAGCUGGGGCCAGCCGACGCCGCUCUACGAGAGGCUCCCGCCGGCCACGCACUCCAGCCACUCGGUCGUCAUCGACUCCCAGUCCAUCAACAUCAACGCCACCUCCACAGGGAACAGCACGCGCAUCACGCCCCCGGUCGUCACCAACGUCACCCACCACUACGAAUCUCACGAGUGAGUUCCUCAUAGAGUACGUAGAGUCGUAAUGUAAAUGGGAGAGCUGGCACCAGUGUUCGAAACUCACCUUUGAGUUUUAGGAGUCAAAAUUGCGCAUCAAGUCCGACUUUUGGGCGCCUUUGAAGAUUUUUUAGGGGCCAAAUUGACUUUUUGCCUAUAUAUUACGGCAUAUUUAGUGA